AUAAGUCGCCGGUUACAGCUACAUCGACGGUCAACAUUGACGAAACGCAGUUUACAGAUUCAGCGCUUGCUUCGUGGCUUCCGAACACAAGGCGCAGGCGUCAACUGCAGGAAGACAACCUUCCCACAUUCGACGUUUCCCCCAAUAACCUCUCGGUCUUGGCGUGGACGUCGUUGUUAUCACACGAACGACGAAACGUGCUGAAGGCUCAGGUUGUCCGGCCAAUAAGUUCAUCAGCGAGCGGUACCAGGAUAAACUGUACAGUUUAAAACUAACAGAAUGUCUUCCGCACUUCAGAAGACGACCAAAUCGUAUACGUACCGCUCCACAGGAGGUGCUAACGCCGAUGUCAGCAUCGAAUACAGCGCCGAUCUGAGCGCCCUCUCCCGACUGGAGGACAAGAUCCGUCUCCUCCAAGAAGAUCUGGAGUCGGAGAGGGAGUUACGGCAGAGGAUCGAGCGGGAGAAGUCGGACCUGAGCGUGCAAGUCAUCCAACUGGUGGAACGUCUUGAGGAGGCUGAAGGCGGCGCUGAGAGCCAGUUUGAGAUCAACAGAAAACGAGACACUGAACUGGCAAAGCUCCGUAAGUUGCUGGAAGAUGUCCACCUCGAAUCUGAGGAGACUGCGAAUCUCCUGCGUAAGAAGCAUCAGGAGAUCGUUAUCGACUUCCAGGACCAAAUCGACCAGCUUACCAAGUCGAGGGCCAGAUCUGAGAAGGAGAAGGCCAAGUUCCAGCAGGAGGUAUAUGAACUGCUUGCUCAGGUAGAAUCUGUCACUAAGGACAAGCUGGUCAGCAUCAAGCAGGUGGAAAAGUUAGAGGUGCAUGUGCACGAGUUGUCCAUCAAGAUCGAGGAGCUGAACCGUACAAUUGUAGACAUUACAUCCCACAAGACACGCCUCUCACAGGAAAAUCUUGAGCUGACCAAGGAAGUGCAGGAUCUGAAGGUGAACUUGGAGAAUUCCACAUAUCUGAAGAGCCAGCUUGCCGGACAGCUUGAAGAUGCUCGCCGCAGGCUUGAGGAUGAUGAGAGGCGACGCACAACUCUGGAAGCAAACUUGCACCAGGUGGAGAUUGAGCUUGAAUCAGUGCGUGUACAGCUGGAGGAAGAGACUGAGGCACGCCUGGACCUAGAGCGACAGCUGACUCGUGCCAAUGGUGAAGCGCAGGGCUGGCGCUCCAAGUACGAGGGUGAGGCUGCUGCCCGUGCUGAGGAGGUUGAGGAGAUCCGUCGGAAGUACACUGCCCGUCUACAAGAGCAGGAGGAGCAGAUUGAGACUCUGUUGGUCAAGCUCAACAAUCUGGAGAAGCAGAAGUCUCGCCUCCAGAGUGAGGUUGAAGUCCUUAUCAUUGACUUGGAGAAGGCUAACAACACUGCCCGUGAGCUGCAAAAGCGUGUUGAGCAUCUGGAGAAGGUCAACAUUGACAUCAAGACUCGACUGGAUGAGACAGUAGUCCUGUAUGAGACAUCUCAGCGUGACUUGCGCAUCAAGAUCACAGAGAUACAGCGCAUCACUCAUGAGCUGGACAAGACACGUGAGCAGAAGGAUUCCCUGACCAGGGAGAACAAGAAGCUAUCUGAUGACCUGCAUGACGCAAGGAACCAACUGGCUGACCUUAACCGCCGUUUCCACGAGCUGGAGAUUGAGCUGCGUCGCCUGGAGAAUGAGAGGGAAGAGCUGACAGCUGCCUACAAGGAGGCUGAGGCUGGCCGUAAAGCUGAAGAACAACGAGCUCAGCGUUUAUCAGCUGAAUUGACUAACUUCCGUCAUGAGGCCGAGAAGCGAUUGGCUGAGAAGGAUGAGGAGAUAGAAGCAAUCCGCAAGCAGACCAGCAUAGAAAUUGAACAACUCAAUGCUCGUGUUGUGGAGGCGGAGACCAAGCUGAAGACUGAGGUAACCCGCAUCAAGAAGAAGUUGCAGAUCCACAUCACUGAGCUAGAAAUGUCUCUGGAUGUUGCCAACAAGAACAACAUUGAACUCCAGAAGACUAUCAAGAAGCAGUCCCUCACCCUCACUGAAAUCCAGGCACACUAUGAUGAGGUGCAGCGUCAACUGCAGGUGACUCUGGACCAGUAUGGUAUGGCCCAACGUAAGCUGCAGUCCAUCACUGCUGAGCUGGAGGAGAUUCGUGGAAACUACGAGGCGGCUCUGCGUGCCAAGCGAACAGCUGAGCAGCUGUAUGAGGAAUCUAUCUCCAGAGUCAAUGAGCUGACCACCAUCAAUGUCAAUUUGGCAUCUUCCAAGUCCAAGGUGGAGCAAGAACUUGCCACAUUAGCCGGAGACUACGAUGAGGUCACCCGUGAACUCAGGUCAGCUGAUGAGCGCUACCAGCGCGUGCAGGUUGAACUAAAGCACACUGUUGAGAUCCUGCAUGAAGAACAGGAGCGCAUUGUCAAGAUUGAGGCCAUCAAGAAGUCCCUGGAGAUUGAGGUGAAGAACCUGUCUGUGCGCCUGGAGGAAGUAGAAGCCAAUGCUAUUGUUGGUGGCAAGCGCAUCAUCAGCAAGCUGGAAGCUAGGAUACGUGAUCUGGAACUGGAGCUUGAUGAAGAAAAGCGUCGCCACUCUGAGACGAUUAAGAUUCUGCGCAAGAAGGAACGCCAGGUUAAGGAGGUGUUGAUCCAGUCGGAAGAAGACCAGAAAAAUGUUUCCCUGCUCCAGGAGUCCCUUGAUAAAAUCAGCCAGAGGGUCAGCAUCUACAAGAGACAGCUACAAGAACAGGAGGGCAUGUCACAGCAGAGUGUGACACGCGUGCGUCGCUUCCAGCGGGAGCUCGAGGCAGCCGAGGACCGUGCCGACACAGCCGAGAGCAACCUGUCAUUAAUUCGUGCCAAGCACCGUACCUUCGUCACCACAAGCACAGUGCCUGGAAGCCAGGUGUACCUGGUGCAGGAGACACACAGAACCACCACUACAGAGGGCAUCUAAACACUUCACACAGAAUAACAAGUACAAGGGUGAAAGUGCUGGACAGCAGUCUACAUGCAAGGUUGUGGAGUCCUGAAGAAAUGAACUGUUCACAUGCACCUGCUCUUCCACCAGGACAUGCUCAGUACAUUUCAAGUGAUAGGUAGGAAAGCAGCACUGCCUAGGAAGAAAAAGAAAUGUCAUGAACAGCAGCAAAAAUUUGAUGGAAAUCUGUUGCUUUAUUCUGUAAAUAAUGGAGCUUACACCAGUUCCAAGGAUUUCUUAACUCACCUGCAUUCACUAGUAGAUUGUAAGCUUAUCCCCACACAAAUAACCAACUCAGGCUGUUGUUAAAAUUUUAAUUCACUGAAAAAAACAGAUUUCCAAACAAAAACAAAAAAUACAAGGCAGUUUAAACAAUUUCAGGAUUCUAAUAGUUUGUUAAACAACCAUUAUUGUACUUUAUCUGUAAGAUGUACUUUGAAAAAAUUAAAGAAAAACAGUAGCGUAGUAAUUGUGGGAAUACUGUGUUUUAUAUGUUUAUGACAUUGUUCCAAUCAGAGACAGGAAACUUGGAUGAUGACAACUAGAAUGUGACAAAAAUGCUUGUUUACUGGUUCUUGCUACAACCUCAAGGCUGGGUGAGGUUGAGCAGGACAACAAAAACACAGUAUGACAGCAGUAUCUACGCUGAAAGACUUCAAAAACCGUCAUCAAUAGCAUAAGACUGCUGUUAUGCAGUACGACUCUGUUUUAUUAUAUGUCUGGCUGUUAUAAGAUUAUAGCCUGGAAGAUGCUAGCCAAACGAAGGUUAUUAGGCAAGAUGAAAAAUAAAAUGUUUUGGAUCACAAAUUGUUUAGCAAUCUCUUGAAGAUAUUGCAUGGUAAUAAACAUCUUUGUAAUGCAUUAAAAUAUAUCAUUAAAGUCUAAAUAAUAUCAAUCUA